UUGGUUGGUCCACCGGCUGGGAGAGGGCAAAACGGUCAUUUCAACUAAAAAUGCCUUUACCUCAUCUGUUGCCUUUGUAUUUCGCUCUACUCGUCUGUCUCCCUCUAGCCGUCAUCUUCACCGUUACGUCUCCUCGAACGGCCGUUACAGUCGCCGUUACUCAGCCCGCGUUCUUGGUCGUGCGAAAACCCCACAAUGCCCCUGAAACCCUCCCGAUCAUUACAAUCCAACCACCAGCCUCACGGGACGACGAGUCGCUCCUCCGUCUCGCUUCUCAGGUCGGCCCGAAUCCGCGACCCGAGUCGCCUAAGAAACUCGCUUUCUUGUUCUUGACCACGGAUUCUCUCCCACUGGCACCACUCUGGGAAAUCUUCUUUAACCAAUCGCCUAAAAAUAGAAAUCUCUACAAUAUAUAUAUAAACGCGGGUGACUCGGGGCGAAAACCCGACCCGAGAUUCUCGGGUGUGUUUGAAAAUCGGGUCAUACCGUCUUCCAAACCCGCUUUCCGCCACACACCGACCCUCAUCUCGGCGGCGCGUCGCCUACUCGCCCACGCGCUUCUGGACGAUCCGUCAAAUUACGUUUUCAUCCUUCUCUCCCCGUCUUGUGUCCCGCUCCACUCCUUCAACUUCACGUACACUUUCCUCGUCUCCUCGGCCAAGAGCUACAUCGAAAUACUCGAGGACGAGCCUGGUUGGUACGACCGCUGGGCGGCGCGUGGGCAAUACGCCAUGCUCCCCGAGGUUCGGCCCGAGGACUUCAGGAUCGGGUCGCAGUUCUGGGCCUUGACCCGGUCCCACGCGCUGAUGGUGGCUCGUGACGUGGAGCUCUGGACCAAGUUCAACAAGCCGUGCGUGAGAAGGAACGUGUGUUACCCCGAGGAGCAUUAUUUUCCUACGUUGGUGAACAUGCGGGACCCACAUGGACAGGGGCGGGUGCCAGCCACGCUCACCCAUGUGGACUGGAGCGUCGCCGCUGGUGGUCAUCCUCGGACGUACCGGCCAUCGGAGGUGGGAUCCGGGCUGAUACGGAGACUGAGGCGUGCUCGGCCAAGGUACGGCGAGUCACCGGCGGAGGCGAGGAACGAUCCAUUUCUGUUCGCGCGGAAAUUCCCGCCGGCGGCGAUCGGGCCGUUGGUGGACAUGGCUUACAAAGUUAUAUUUAAUGAUUCGGCUGUAUUAUAGAAUUGGGAAAUUUUUCA